AUGGCGGCGGUUUUUGCGCUGAGGCGUGUGGGCCGGCGGCUGGGCCUCGGCGCCCCGGCGCGCAGGGCGUUUUGGGGCGGCCUCAGGAAGAAGGAAAAAGAAAUGGAAGCAGACAAAAUAAUUAAUCAAGAGAAAAGUGAACCCAGCUUGAUCUGUCCUCCACCACGCAGCAGAAGCUAUCUUCCUCCGGAGGAUAUACAGAGCUGCCUGGAGUCUCACAUCAAGGAGAUUUUUGGACCUUCACUUCCUGAUAAUUGGCAGCAGACACCCCUCAAAGAAAACAAGUUAAAGUAUCUCCUCCUGUCUCAGCUGGCAGCAGAACUUGGUCAUGCUGUCCCCAAUUCACAGCUCCACCUGAUGUGCAGUGCUGAGGAUGUCUUGAACUUCUAUAGCACUCCUGUGAAGGAUGCAUCGAAGUUUGAUGAACUGUGCGCUGCAGAGCUACCCCCAAACCUGAAGAUUACCUGGGAGCAGUGAGUCACACCAUGAAACAUCGCUCUGCUUUGCUUGUGUUCUUCAGGCGGGACUGCAGCGCAGAAGCAGAGCCCUUUCAUUUUGGUAGCAACUGAAUAUAUAAAUGUCACUAAUAAAAGUUCAUUUAGUUGUCCUCA